AUGAUCCAAAUUCGCAAAAGAGGAGAGCUCAGACAGGAGAAUAAUGACCAAUGUACCAACUUGAAACAUGCAUCUAAGCCACUGAACGACGAGAACUAUCGUACCAAGCAUACAGACCAAUGUUCCGGAUGCACAGAGGUCCAGGCAAAUUCAGAGCAACUUGGUGAUAUUCUCGCCAGAAGGAAACUACCUCUGAUCCUUUCCAUUGAUGAACAUGACCAGAACGAUGAAAUCGUUUUUCAGGAGGCAGAUGUUGAUGAUGGAACAGAGCUAAAUGUUCCCUAUGUAGCUAUCUCACAUGUAUGGUCUGAUGGCUUGGGAAACCCCCAACGAAAUGCUCUUCCUCGCUGUCAGUUACUCCGAUUAAGCCAUUUGAUUCGUGGCUUAAAUGAUGGUAAAUGCUCUAAAUGUGUUUAUUUCUGGCUUGAUACUAUAUGUGUACCACCCGACGCGCUGAAAAUGACUGAGCCCCAAAAUAUUGCCAUGGAUCUGAUGAGGUCGACUUAUGAAAAGGCAACUGCGGUGCUUGUUCUUGAUAGCUGGUUAUGCAACACCGAUGGAUCCAAAAUCUCUGUGCUAGAGAGAUUCACCCAAACCUUGUCAUGUGGUUGGACCCGGAGACUUUGGACUUUCCAGGAAGGCGUCCUACCCCGGUUCUUAUACAUUCAAUUCGCGAACCGGGCCUAUGAUUUCGAUGCCGAGAUGGCUGAACUUCAGAAAUCAGCGGAUACUGUGACCCGUUUAACGAUGUUACCAACCCUUGUCCAACUUUACCAUCAACUCCCCUUUCCCGUUUUCCAAGGACUUAGUCUGAAGGCUCGACUACUAGCAGUGGCCCAUGCUCUGGCAGAUCGAGAGACUAGCGUAAUGUCCGAUGAACCGCUGUGUCUUGGAGCUCUUCUCAAUCUAAAUGUUGGUGUUCUGGCCAGAACUAAGCCAGAGGCCCGCAUGGAAAAAUUCUGGACUAUGCUUCACAAGGUGCCUCUCAAUUUAUUAACCCUCAAAAGCCAGAGGAUGGACACUGAAGGCCUUCGAUGGGCUCCUCGAUCCUUCUUACGGUCUACAAGCUCCAGCCUGGGCGGUGCAGGCCCUUCCGAAUCUAUGGCUGACUCGAGUGAUGUAGAACAGCUUGACGGUUGUGUCACAGAGCAAGGACUGGUGAUCACAAGUCCCGAGCUGGUUGUCUGCUCAGGCGGAGAGCUGUUUGGACCAUGCACAUACGUCAGGUCCAAUACCGAAGAAACGUGGUAUAGUGUACAUGUUGCGACCGCCGAGGGAGUUUACUCCAGAUUGGCGAUUGCAACAGACUUCGAUGAAGCAGGUGAUGUGAGAAACUAUGCCUUUGGGCCGGGAGAGGGAACAGGGCCCAAAGAACUGGCAAUUAUUGCAAGUAACUUUGAUGCGCCAAGAUGUCCAGCGGAUAUUUUUGUUCCGCUGAGGGGAGGAUAUCUGGGUGUGGUGAAGCCCGAGGAGCGAGAUGACAUAAUCUAUUGCGAAUUGAUCUGUACUGUGCUUGUUCAAAGGUUGGAACCCACACACCGGAAUAUCAGGGCAUUGGAGUUGCUUUUCCCUUUUCGGAACUUGAGUGAAGGAGAAGAAUAUCCACAGAGGGGACGGGGGAGAGAGUCCUCUCUUGAUGCCGCAAUUGGCGAUCGGAGAUCUUCCAGUCAACUUUGGUGCCUAGGUUGA